CGGAUGGCGGCGGCUUUGCAGGUGCUGCCGGUGCUGCUGGUGGUGGCACGGCGGGUAAUGGUGCUGCUGGUGCUGCCGGUGCUGGUGGUGCUACCAGUGCUGCUGCUGGUGGGGCUCCUGCGCCGCUCAAUCUGCAGGAGGAGCUGCGGCGCAUAGCGGCCAUCCGCCCAGACAGUCCCGAGGCCAUCCCCCUCAUCCUGCGCCUGGACCCGCCCGCCUGGGCCCGAGUGGCCGCCUCCCACCGGGUGGGGCGCAGCGGGGCGGAGUGCGCCGCCUACUACCGACACAACCUGAGACCGGGGCUGCAGUGGCCGCUGGAGGAGAGUCGGCGGCUGAUGGAGCUGGCUGACCAGUACGGCAGGCGGCAUUGGGACCGCAUCGCGCAGGAGCUGGGCACGGGCCGCACGGCGGGUCAGUGUCUGGCGCACUGCCUGCGCUGGUCGCGGUUCGACAAGCGGCCGCAGCGGACGGCAUGGAGCCAGGCGGACAACCAGCUGUUGAAGGCCCUGGUAGCCCGGUACGGCACUGAUUGGGUGGCGGUGGCGGAGGGCUUCGGCGGGAAGUUUGACCGUCACCAGGUUCGCGACCGCUGGCACGGCGUCAUGACGGCUGCCGGCCCCCGUCGCACCGGCAAGUGGGCCCCGGAGGAGGAUGAGCUGUUGCGGCAGGCUGUUGCUGAGUUGGGUCGGCGGUGGACUCAGGUGGCCCCCCGGGUGCCCGGCCGCACCGCUCGGCAGUGCCGGGAGCGGUUCGUGAACCUGCUUCAGCCGGGACUCAAGUUCGGGGCGUUCAGCGAGGAGGAACAGCGGGUGCUGGUGGAGGCAUGUCGGGAGCUGCAGUCCGCCUACGGCCGCAUCAUCUGGUCGCGGGUGGCGGAGCGGCUGCCCGGGCGCACGGACGACCAGUGUAGCAGGGCGUACGAGGGGCUGGUACGGCAUGACAAGGUGCAUGUGGGUCACAAGCCGGGUGGAGGCAGCCACGAGGUGAAGGAGGAGACAGCGGCGGCGGCGAAGAGGAGGAGGAGGGGUUCGUCGGCCGCACGUAAGCGGAAAGCAGGAGCUGCUCGGGAGGAGGAGGAGGAGGAGGAAGAGGAGGAAGAGGAAGAGCAGUCGGGGGCAGGGAGUGAAGAGCAGGAGGAGGAGGGAGAGGAGGAAGAGCCACAACGGGGGCGGAAGCCAAAACGGCGACGGAAGAAGGAGGACGACGACGAGGAGGAGGAGGAAGAGAAGCAACCGCUGCCGCAGCAGCAGCAGCGGAAACGGAGGCGGACGCCACGCCUGAAGGAAGAGGAGGAGCAGCAGCCGCAGGCACCGCAUCGAAAGGGGACGCUGCGUCGGAAGAAAGCACUCCAGGAACCGCAGGAAAAACACCAUCAGCAACACCAAGAGGGGUCGCACCCAGGACAGGAAGAGGAACCGGAACAGGGAAGACGGCGACGGCCGCCUCGGCAGCAGCAGAAGAAGGGUAGUGUUCAAGUCAACCCGGAUGCGGACUCGCAUAAAGAAGAGGAAGCGGCAGGCGCUGUGGGGAACGCAGCAACCGGGGAGCAGCCCCGGCGACAGCGGCCGUCGCGACAGCAGCAGCAGAAGCAGCAAAAGCAGCAGCAGCAGCAGAAGCAGCAGCAGAAGCAGGCCGUGCAGGCUUCCGCUCUUGCCGAUGAAGACAAGGUGGGGGACGAGGCCGCGGCUGGAAGUGAAGCUGCGGCUGCGGCAGAGCCCGCGAAGGCAGCGGCGGCAGGGCGCCCUCCUGCGGGGCAGCGGGCAGGUCGCAGCAGGAGGGGCCGGGCGACGGC